GACGGAUUUUUCAGUCGCUGCCUAUAAGAUGCAAGCAGCUUCUGCUGCAGAAUUCCUUCUUAAACCACUUCUCCAGUUCAUUCUUAGAACAUCAAUUGAACAAUAACUCCUCUCAAUCACAAGAAUCUAGUUGGUUCAUGAGGUUGUGGUUGAUUCCUUGAAUAAGCGCCCGCCAGUUUUGACGUUCUUCCCGCUUAUCUUUACUAUCGCCUCCUCCACUUCCAACCACCGCCAACUACUUAUACUAGCACUUUCUACCACCAACUCUCUCCUCCAUCUCUCUCUCCUUCCUCAACACAGACACACAAACAAAACAACUAUCGACCAUCAUCACACUUAAAACGACAUUCACAAAAUGAACUCUUCACCGCCUCACUCUCUCACCUCUUCUCCUUCCUUCGGAGCCCGUCGCUCUUCUCGACCCUCCCUCACUCUCGACAUGUCCAACCUUCCCCCUCUUACACAACCCACACCUCCCUCCAACACCCUCAUCAUAACCGACCUGAACGACAUUCUUCUCUUCCAACCCGACUCCCUCGCCAACCUCAAAGCCUACCUCGAAUCUUUGGCUCCUCUCAACUCCUUCUCCCCACUCCCCUCCCUCCGCCGCAUCCUCUGCUCCUUCCACACGGACUCCGACGCUCUCCGCAUUCGCAAACUCCUAACUGGCGCACCACUGCUCAACCGCCCCAUCAUCCCUAAGAUCUACUUCGGUGAACCAACCCCCAUCAUGGACGACCUCGAAUCCCGCCCCAAACUCCUGGAGGCCCCGCAAGUCGACAAGCUCUUCUUCAUCUCACCGCCGCCCUCCCCGCCCCACGGCUGGGUCAUGCGCCAAGAAGAUCCCCCGAACAAGGAAGUCCACGCCAGCGAUCUCGCACAGGCCUUGGCCAAGUUGAAGACGGAGCAGUCCGGUGUGGAGGAAGCAGCGACGGGAGUUGUCGUUUCGUCUAUCGAACAGCAGCAGCAGCAGCAACAACAACAACAACAACCAGGUACCCCGAUGUCCAUGACCUCGGAUAAGAGGACGAGCAGUUGGCCCGUGUCGCUAUCGCAGACUCGCAGCCGGAGCAGCACCCUCAUCUACCACCCCGAGGACCAUGGAGGUAGCCCUAACUUGCCCGCUGUCAUGGUCGAGGACACGAGUGCUUCCCCAGACGAGGAUAUUGAUAUGGACAUGAGUCCGAUCGAAAUGUCGGUCAAGAAGAUGCCGCCCAAGACGUCGCGGCCACCAGUGGAGCUGAUGGGAGGGAAUUAGUUGCAAUAUUCUUUCGCUGCUCUAUCUUUUUUUAUCGCUUCCGUUUUAAUGUACAGUCCUCGGUGUGACUGGGCGCAUGUGGUGCAUGGGAUUGGAUUUCUCUGAUAUUGGACUCGAUUUUGGGAUGCAUCGUUUGGCCAGCAUGCUUUCUAUGGUUACUUGCAGUAAAUGUUUUGAAUCAUGAAUGGCGUCUGGGAUUGGGAUGGGGAGAUUGUCUUGUCUUAUGUGCAUAUAUGUUCAGCAUUCUGUGUUUAUGAAGCAUGUGUACUCUUUUUCUUCUCUCUUGUGAUCGACUCUUGAAUAUGCAGACCGAUCGGCUAUAUACAGUGACAUGCAAAUAUACCUAAAAAUUCGGAUAAAC